AUGAAGGGAACUUCCAUCUUUCAAUUCAAGUCCUGGCCAAAGAUUCAUCAGCCGUUACCCAGGAGCCCGCGCGAGUCCCAGCAGCUACUCAGUGCCCUCACCUCCUCAUUUCGCCGUCAGUUGGACCACGCGUAUCCCGUAACGAACAAUUCCAAUCAUGACGCCGAUCGACAACCCUUGAAUACCGACUCCUCCGCUCAUGCGACCGAUCAGCACCUACACACCAUCCUGGAUAACCCUUUGUUUCGUAUCGUACCUCCCAAGGGGGCACCACCUCAUGACCACCAUGCAGUUCGAAGGCUGGAGGAACAACGACGCCUGGCUACGGAGCCCAUGCUGGUUCUCGAUGAGAUGGUAGCCUCGGGCUCCGCCACAUCAGCAGUCAUACUUGACUGUCUAAAGUCACAACUUCUCCUAGCUAGGUCGACUAUCGACAUGGAGUCAUCUCGAGCAGGCUCGAGAGUGGAGCAUUGGUUCUGGUCCUCUGACGGAGCUUCUAGACAGAUGCUCCUUCAGUCACGAGGAUCAACUGCUGCUUUAACUAAAUUCAUGGUUGCGGAGGGCUUACAGUCCACCAUCUUGGAAUGGUUGAAAAUGGCGCUAGCCCAGGAUCUCGGCGGAUACAACGGCCGAAUGACAGAAGAACAGUCCCGACAAACCGUUGGCCACCUUCUCGUCAGCUUCAUAGAGGCUGAGGUUCGAUACGGAGCGGGCUUCGGCGCGGCUCUACGGUACUAUCUACGAGUCUGCCAAAUGCACUUUUCGACCCAUCUCGCGGACGGUGUACCUUCUGGCAAAUCAAUGUUUCUCGCAGCCGGUGCUCACUUGAGCCGUACAGCCAUGGACCAAAAGCCAUCCAUCGAGCAGGUUUCGCAGGGCCUUUACGAGGAAUUCUCCGAGGUUAUUUCAACUCUGUCAUCUUCCCGGUCCUUGCUGUUCGCCUCCGUCGCUCUAUGCCACCCCGGAAAGCCAAAUCCUCAACCUUUUAUUCGCUUUGUAGAUGGUCUUUCGCCAACUAGGUUUCAGACCUGGUCCGAAGCUAGACGGGAUGCUUUCCUGCGCAUUGGCUGUGACACUCUGCGCAUUUUAAUUGACCGGAAGAAGAUUCGAGAGGCCACCAGCCUAGCGCAAAAAAUCCAACUCGUUCUCCCAGAGGAAACGACCACUGCUUCGAUUGAAGCGACUCGCACUCGCACUCGCACCGCUGCAGAAGAGGAUUAUCUGCUCUCUCGCUUGGAUUUGAAUUUGACCUAA